AUGACUGUCGUGCGGGUGUCACUCACGCACUCGUCGAGUGGAAUGCGUGUUCCUGAGAAGCGCUACGAUCUUUCACAGACGAUUGCGAGCGUUAAGGCAAAUAUUGCCACGCACUUUGCCACACCUCCAGAUCAAAUGCAUUUGCAGCUUCUUGACGACCGUGGUGUCAAGGUGGAGUCAAACAUGGCAGAUGACAAGCAGCUGGGGUAUUACCAAUGCAGGGAUGAUUUUGUCAUUCAUGUGGUGGACAUUCGGCCGACGCAGCAAAUAGCAAACUUUGAGGAUCUCUCUCAGGUGGAAAAGUAUGAAAUAUCAGAGGAGGCAUACAGUAAGCGGGAGGAUAACGCCCGGGCUUUUCGCCAACUCAUGAUGGCGCGACAGCGUGAGGAAGCGGAACGGGCGGGUAUUUCUACUGCAAAGGAACAGGACGCAGACAGCUACAAGGAAAAGGCGGAUGCAAUCCACGUCGAUGAUCGUUGUCAAUGCCAGCCUGGAGACCGCCUGGGAACGGUUCGCUUUGUUGGCCGUGUUGCAACGCUGAAGCCAGGUUAUUGGAUUGGUGUUGAGUUUGAUGAGCCUGUGGGGAAAGGCGACGGCUGUGCUAAGGGGACGCGUGUGUUUCAGUGCCAACCGAACUAUGGCGGGUUUUUACGCCCCGACCAGGUGACUGUGGGGGAUUUUCCACCAGAGGAAUUUUAG